AUGAACCUCCAACGCCAUUUACAUCGACAAAAACAUCAUUUACAUCUGCAAAAUCAAUUAGUAAAUCGCAAAGUGAAGCCUUGUGAUGUUUUCAUAAAUCAUAGAGGUACCGACACGAAACGAACCCUAGUUACCUUGCUUUAUGAUCAUCUUACUAGGUUCAACCUACGUCCUUUUUUGGACAACAAGGAUAUGAAACCAGGAGACAAGUUGUUCGAUCACAUCAAUGGUGCAAUCAAAAAUUGUAAGCUUGGUGUUGCUGUGUUUUCACCAAAUUAUUGCAAUUCAUACUUCUGUCUCCAUGAAUUGGCUCUUUUUAUGGAGUCUAAGAAGAAGGUGAUUCCAAUCUUUUGUGACAUCAAGCCAUCGGAGCUUCGGGUGGCUAACAAUGGAGUUUGUCCGGGGGAAGAUGUGUUGAGGUUUAAUCAAGCUCUUGAGGAGGCUAAGAACACAGUUGGACUUACCUUUGACUCCUUAAAAGGGAAUUGGUCCGAAGUUGUGAACAAGGCUUCAGACACUAUCAUCGGAAACUUAAUCGAAAUAGAGAACCGAGAAAGGAUUCAUCGACGCCGAAUCGAGUUACCCUGUCAAAUUUUGCGCAAUUCCAAGCUCGUGAAUUUUCUAUCUUACUAG